GGAAGUGCCUUUCUGCUAGUCCCUGGGUGUUCUUGCGGCUUAUUUUUCCAUCUCCCCGCGCGACGCUGGCAACAACAUGCUUCUGAUUUCAGCCCCUCCUCUUAGCUGUAAAGAUACGUUAAUCCGAACUGCCUGAUAUCUUCCUGAACAAAACUUUCAAUAGGGCCCAGUAUGCUUCACUCCAUCCAGAAGUUUUCUCAAGCAUCUUCAAAGAUGCUAAAGUACCCUUUCACAGUGGGACUGGGAGCCAGCAGGAGAAUAAAUACACUUUCUCGCAAGAUCUCUCUCGAACAGAACAUUUGCUCUUUGUUUCCAAAGCCUUGGCUUUUCUUGUCAUUUCCAGUGUAUACAAGCAAGACACAGUGCUAUCAUACAUCCCCAUGCAGCUUUAAGAAGAAGCAGAAGCAAGCAGUACUUCCAGCCAGGUCACCAAGCACCAUCACUUACCUGCCUGACAGCCCAAAGCCAGCAUUAUAUGUAACUCUAGCAGGACUAAUCCCCUUUGUUGCUCCACCACUGGUUAUGGUGAUGACAAAGACUUAUAUCCCAGUAUUAGCCUUUACUCAGAUGGCUUAUGGAGCCAGUUUCCUAUCCUUCUUGGGAGGGGUCAGAUGGGGUUUUGCUCUGCCAGAAAGUAGUCCAGCCAAACCAGACUUCCUUAAUUUAGCUAAUAGUAUGGCUCCUGUUGUGUUCUCGUGGUUUGCCUUUCUUAUUUCUGAAAGACUCAGUGAAGCCAUAGUCACAGUAGUAAUAGGUUUGGGGAUAACAUUACACAUUGAAGUUUUCCUCUUGCCACAUUAUCCCAACUGGUUCAAAGCCCUGAGGAUAGUAGUCACAUUAGUGGCCUUUUUUUCAUUUAUAAGCACUUUAGUAAUUAAAGAUAUUUAUCCAGAGAAAGGACUCAAGCCUGGUCAAGUAGAAUAAAUGUAAAACUACAUUGUAGAUAAUAUUAGCAUGUUGGCUACAAACCUUGUAAGGUUGCAUUUUGUCAUCACCCUUUUCUACUUCUCCUGUUUGUUUGGCUCUUUCCCCCCCCCUCCAAUGGCAAUUUAUUCUUUUACUUAUUUACUUACUUAAAUUUUUUUUUUUUUUGGUGGCUGACCAGUACGGAGAUCUGAACCUGUGACAGUGUUACCAACACCAUGCUCUCCGAAGUGUAUCCUUCACAGGUUGUUUUUCAUUUUUAGAAAUUAUCAUUCCAUACUAAUUACUUGAGCAAGAGCUUAAAAAAAUCUGACAUUAUUUUCAUGUCAUAUUAGUUAUUGAGUCUCUUUGAUUUCAAUGUUUUAAUUGUCUUGAAAAAUGUCAAAAAAAGAUGAAAAAAUCCCCUUUGUUAGAACCUUAUGAUCAUUAAAAAGAGCAUACCCUUCUACUGCAAGAGGAAAACCUUGUAUCCAUGAUUGUCUGAAAAUAAAAGGUGGUUCCAGUGUGGAGUUUUCACAGCAGUUGUCCCUGGGAAUUCCAUGUCCAAGCUUUAUUCUGCCUGGUAUAACCUAGUUAUAUAAGCUGAGAGGGUCUGUAGCUCUAAAGUCAGUAGGAAGCAGUGUCAGAAGGGAAAGCAAUGUUCAAAAAGAGCUAGACACAUUUUCCAAUAUUUGUCGGGAUAUUUGGUAUGGUAUAGUUGCAACUUAUCUCCUUAUCACCAAACAUGUAACACUAGCUGGUCAAAAAUAGUUUAAAAAAUAAUAAUAAUAAAACCAUUAGUAUAUAUAAAUUAGAAAAGAAAUGUCAAGCUGGAGUUAUCUUGAUAUUCUAAUGAGCAGGCCUAUCUAGUCUACAUCUUUAACUCACAGAGAAAUUUUUUUAAAACAGCAAAAGCAAUACCUUGUAUUUCAACUUGAAAACAUAGUCUCUUGAAAUUCCUAAUCUCACAAAAAGGAAGAACAUUUUAAAUGGAAUAUAAAUCAGAGGAA